AUGGAUGAUCCYCUAGAAGCCGUUGCUAUCGUCGGCGCUGCUUGUCGGUUCUCGGGAGGCGUCAGAUCUCCAAGCGAUCUAUGGGACAUGCUGGUUAAUGUAAGAAGUGGUCAUUGUCGAGUGCCAGAGUCCCGAUGGAACACCGAUACAUGGUAUCAUCCCGAUCCAGAUAGGAAAGGAGGAAUCGCCGUUAACCACGGGUACUUCCUCGAAGACGAUGUGUCCAAGUUUGAUGCGCCGUUCUUCUCGGUGACUGCCAGAGAAGCCAAUGCCAUGGAUCCUAUGAAAAGACAUUUGCUCGAGGUUUGCUACGAAGGCGUUGAAAAUGCGGGAAUGCCUUUUGAACGGCUUAUGGGCACAUCCACCGGAUGUUAUGUUGGUUGUAUGAACAACGAUUAUGAAAUGCUUUCUCUUCACGACAUUCACAACGUUGGUCAUGCUGCCGCUUCCGGGUUAAGCGAGGCUAUGAGCGCUAAUCGUGUGUCGUGGUUCUUCGGAUUGACGGGUCCCAGUAUGACCAUUGAUACUGCAUGCUCUUCUAGCUUGUAUGCCCUCCAUCUGGCUUGCCAGUCUAUACAGUCCGGAGAGACCAAUCAAGCUUUAGUGGCCGGCAUUAACCUCAUGCUAGCACCCAUCACUACCCAUCAGCUCUCCGCAAUGCACAUGCUUAGCCCUGAGGGUAUCUCACACACAUUUGACAGUCGGGCAAAUGGCUACGGUCGUGGCGAAGGUAUCGGAUGCUUAGUCGUCAAGAGGCUCCGGGACGCUCUUCGAGAUGGUGAUACGAUUCGUGCUGUUAUCCGCGGCACCGGAGUUAAUGCUGAUGGGAAGACACCCAGUGUUACCCAACCAAGCUCUUUGGCACAAGCUGAUCUCAUUCGAAGCACGUAUGCCAAAGCCGGUCUGGACAUGUCGUCCACUCAAUACUUCGAGUGUCAUGGGACGGGCACACCUGUCGGUGAUCCUAUCGAACUCCAAGCAGUUGCAUCUACUCUGGGAAAAAGCAUAACUUCAGCGGGGAUGGGUCCGCUUUUCAUCGGCAGUCUCAAACCAAACAUCGGCCACACCGAGGGCUGCUCUGGUCUUGCCGGAAUCUUGAAAGCAGUGCUAUGUUUGGAGCAUGGAGUCUUGGUCCCUACCUUUGGCGUUGAUACUAUUAAUUCAAAGCUCAAGCUAUCGGAUUGGAAUCUGGCGCUUCCAGAGAAAGUCAUGGCGUGGCCGACCUCAGGACAACGACGUAUAUCUGUCAACUCUUUCGGAUUUGGCGGUGCUAAUGCCACGGCCAUCUUGGAUGAUGCGUUCCAUUACCUUGAAGAGCGAGGACUGCACGGCAACCACAAUACUUUACAGCGCGGAAGAUUUUCAUCUCUCAUGUCUGGCUCUGGCCUCGGCAAAGAGUCAGGUUGCCCAUUCAUUCACCCCGUUGAAGGUCGCUCCGGGAAUCGGCUUUUGGUGUUAAGUGKCAAGGACCAGGGCGCUAUUGACAGACUUGCCGCGGCCUAUACCGACAGAUUCUCUCGGAGAAGUGAGGGGACGUUGUCGGUCGAUGAGCUUGCAUGGACCUUAGCUUCGAGAAGAUCUCAUCUGGACUACCGGAGCUUUCUGCUUGCUCCGACGGUGGACAGUCUGCGAACUCAGCUGACGAAAAGCUUGCCCAAAUCGAAAAGAGUCAAUUCUCACAGCGCCAACCUGGUCUUCGUAUGCACUGGACAAGGCGCCCAAUGGCCUACUAUGGGUCUUCAGCUCUUGCACCAUGCAGCAUUCGCUGCAAGCCUGAGUCGAUCACAACGGUAUCUUGAGCUUCUAGGUUGCCAGUGGGAUAUCAUUCCCGAGCUACACAAGUCCGACACGUCUAAAGUCCAUCUGCCGGAAUACAGCCAAACACUUUGCACGGUGCUACAAGUAGCGCUCGUUGACCUGCUGCGUCACUGGAGUGUCCUACCACGAGCCACCAUUGGCCACUCUAGCGGCGAGAUAGCAGCCGCGUACGCUGCCAGAUUACUCUCACAUAUGGAUGCUGUCAAAAUCGCUUAUAUGCGUGGCACCUGUUCUUCUUCCAUACGAAAAGCAGGAGCCAUGUUGGCUGUCGGACUGCCCGCUGCCGAAGCCUCUCAAUUCUUGACCCAUGUCGCGAAAGAUACCGCGGUGGUCGCCUGCAUCAACAGUCCUUCCAGUGUGACUCUUUCUGGAGACGUGGAUGCCAUUGAUGCACUCGAGACCGUCAUCUCCGCAUCUGGGGCCUUUGCACGGAAGCUGAAAGUGCAAAUUGCAUAUCAUUCGCCGCAUAUGCUUGAAGCAGCCGACACCUAUCUGGAUCGACUGGGCCGCAUCGAGCCUCUCAGCAGGUGUCAGGAAACUGGCCCUGAGGUGGUUAUGUUUUCUUCACUGACUGGUCUCCAGGUAGUUCCCUCGGAGCUAAAUGAAGAAUACUGGAUGUCCAACAUGUGUGCACCUGUACAGUUUGCUGCAGCUUUUGAGAGUCUGCUCGCCCACAAGAGCGCAGCGAUACCCGGUGGCAAGCGAUUAUCGCCCACUAAAUGGGGUGGGUUCAUAGAGAUUGGCCCGCACGCCGCACUUCAAGGGCCGUUCCAGCAAAUCAUUGCGGAAACGUCUAACAAGCCUCCCACCGAAAGCCCAUAUUUGUCAAUGCUUCUGCGAAAUCGAGAUGCAUCGGUCACUGCUCUUACUGUGGCUGGACAGCUCUGGAGUCUGGGCUACUCAAUAUCACUCCCCAAGGUGAACGGCUUCGAUGGCACACUGCCACUUCCCAAGAGCUUGGUCGAUUUACCGCCAUAUCGAUGGAACUACACUCGAUCUUAUUGGUAUGAGUCUGUUGGAGGCACGUCGAAUCGGUGGCCUAAAGGACCACGCUCCGAUCUACUUGGCCAGAGAGAGGAAAAGUUCUCAACUGCUGAACCUCGUUGGCGGAACAUCCUCCGCGCAUCGGAGAAUCCGUGGAUAGAAGACCAUAAGAUUACUGGAACAGUCUUGUACCCUGCAGCAGGCAUGCUAGUCAUGGCUCUGGAGGGUGCGAAGGAGAUGGCGAAUGCGGAAAGGUCUCUCGAUGGCUUCAGAUUCCACCAUGUUGAGUUCAAGCGCGGGCUUGUGAUACCAGUUGGUGACGAGUCGACGGUAGAAGUGCGCCUCACGUUAUAUCCGGACGACUGGUCUCCCGGUCGCUUUCGAUUCAGAAUUUCUUCUGCAGUUCUUGGAUCGUGGACUGAGCAUUGCGGAGGUGUUGUUGAGCUGGAAUACGCCAUUGCAGCGGAUCGAGGAAUCGAAACUUCUGAGAUCUUGGACAUCGAGUGGCAAGACCAGACUACUGUCUACCGCAAUCUGCUUGCCGAUACUGAGGUUGCCCGUAAGAUUGAUGUUAAGGAGUUCUACGAUCAUCUAGAGUCCAUCGGAACGGAAUACGGUCCUCUCUUCCGGAAUGUUGUGCAGCUCACGAACCUCACGAAGAGACUGGCUGCGCAUGGUUCAAUUCAAGUGCCUGACACCAUAUCCUCGAUGCCCGCAAGAUAUGAGUAUCCGCAUACCAUACACCCCGCGACUUUGGACUCUCUCUUUCACAUCCUUCUCGCAGCUCCAAACGAUGGGCAAUCAGCCGAAGAGUCUGUGGUACCAUACAGGAUAGAAGAGAUGUUCAUCUCCGCACAACAACCCAAAUCUGCAGUCGAUAACUACAAAGGGUUCGGCGUCGUGACAAACAAGAGCGUCAAUGGCCACGAAGUAACUGGAGAUCUCAUUAUUUCUGACGAGGACUGGGCAGCUCCAAAAGUCGUCAUCAACAACUUUUCUCUUCGUCGUGUCACAGGCACAGCGGAUCCCCACAAAGUCAUUGAACAUACCCAAAAGCGCAUAUGUGCGCAGCUGCGGUGGCGAAAGGACAUCGACUUCAUUUCCGCCAGUUCUCUCAAGUUGCCUGCAGAACCAAUACAGGCAAUCCUCGAAUGGCUCUCCCUCGCAGCGCACAAAAUCAAAGUGGAAAGCGUCCUCAUCGUCGUCGAUCUCAAUCCCGAAAGUGAUGAAAAUUCUGCCGAGCUGCUGUGCAAUCUUGCUGGCCAGAUAGGGGGGAUUGAGAAUGUCACGAAACUUGUCAUUGAUUCUUCGCACGACGAUGAUCAAACUACACAUCACUUCUGGGACACCAAGGCAGUUGACCCUCCGGAGUGUCUUUCAAGUUUUCAAGACAUCGUUCUGGUACUAGAUGGAUCCGCUGUUUUGCRAGAUACGAAGAAGCUCAACGCUCUGCGGGGAGCAUUGUCACCAGAGGGACUGCUUGCUUAUGCCACGCUUUCAACGUCGGACCAAUCGAGCAAGGCGUGGCAGCAGGGUCUUUUCAAAGCUGGAUUUAGCAACAUUGUUUUCCCAUUGCGCAAGAUGGAUGRGGUGGCAUUGUCAACCAGCGUUCCCUCAGUUACCUCCGCGAAGGUGUCCUCGGAAGUUGUUGUCUUGGUCUCCGAUGGCCCAACGUCCCUCAGGUCAUUGAGCCUCGCUAUUCAGCAGAAGCUGGAACAACAUGGCAUCAAGGCUGAGAUCUUGACCCUUACCACUACUUCUGCAGGACAGAUGUCAGGCAGAUUCGUCAUCUCCCUUCUCGAAGCAGAGCAAUCCUUCAUUGACACUUGGAGCGAACAGGAGUUUGAUUCAUUCAAACGCAUGAUAUUGUCCGUAAAGCACAUGCUCUGGAUAACUYGUGGCUCUAUUCUCGAGGACUGGGCGGGAAGUGUGGAGUUUGCCGCCGCUCAAGGCCUGCUGCGUGUACUCAGGAACGAGAUACCUCACGUGGCACUACCUCUCCUCGAUCUGUCUGUUGCAUCCUCUUUGGACCAUCAUCUUACAUCUCGCAUCAUCGUGGAUGUCUUUCUGGCCUCGUUGCUACCACGGUCGGAGACCGAGUUUGCAGAGCUGAACGGUGACAUCUUCAUACCGCGGGCAAUACCUGCGCCUUACCUCGAUGAAGCACUUCCGCAUCCCCACACCCGUAUAGAGGAUCUUGGUAACCUGAAUGGAACUCUCGCGCUCCAGCAAACCUCGGGCAACACAUCUUCUUUGUGGAUACCGGUCGACCACAAUCAAGCUACUGAGCGGUUGACAGACAACAAGAUUCAGGUCGAUGUAGAAGUUCUCAAUCUAGGGAGAACACCUUCCUCGAAUGUGGUUGUUGGAACUGUGACCAAGUGCGGAGCAAUGGUCACGAAGAUCAUACCAGGACAGCGGGUGGCAUGCUUCGGCAUCGAAGGUUGCCAGACCAGCAUCCAACAAGAUAAGAGCAUGGUUUUUGCGGUCCCAAAUACAGGUCUAGAAAGUAGCACGGUGGCUCUUUGUGGAUCUUUGAUGAUGGCUCAGCACGCAUUCGUGGAUGUCGCUAAAGUCGAAGCCGGCCAAACCAUCCUAGUCGUCGAUGCUGAAUGUACUCUGGGGCAAGCGAGUGCUCGCAUCGCGAAAGCGUUGGGUGCUCAGGUAUUUGCUUUGGUCGACAGUGCAGAUACCAAAGACCUCCUCGCCUCUGGACUUGGCAUCCCAUCGGAGCAGAUAUUUGAUGGAGCGCGGAGGACCUUCGUCCCGGCAGUACGGAGAGCGACCAAGGGAAGGGGUGUCGACAUAGUCGUUGGCGACGGGAAUGUACCAGUGAAUAAUUUGGCAGCUACGAUCCUUGGCGAGUUCGGCUGCUUCCUGGAUAUCGCCACUUCCAGGACCUCCGACAUGACCACCAUGCCUCCAAUUAGACCCAGCUGCACGCUGGUACACGUCGAUAGCGAAAGCCUGUUUCGAGUGAAGGGUGGUCAGACGCAUGAGACUUUCGAAAGAACCUUGGAGCUGAUCUCCUCGGAUUUGCAGCAAGACCAGGACUGCACAGUCCGGCAUGCCAAGUUCUCGGUUUCCAACAUCGAACAAGCCCUCGCCCUGAAAGAUUCGCAAGCUGAGCGCGAGGUGUUGGUUUCAUUUGCAAAGGAUAGCAAAGUGUUGACGCUGGCACCUCCAGCCCCGAAGUUUCGACUAGACCCAGAUGGCAUAUAUGUGCUCAGCGGUGGACUAGGAGCCCUCGGUCUGAAGGUUGCCGACAUGAUGAUGGAGCAAGGAGCACGGCAUAUCGCAUUCCUGUCACGUUCGGGCGGAUCCAAGAAUCGGAACGAUCUGGAGAAACUCCACGCCAAGGGCGUCAAAGCUGACGCAUUCAAAUGUGAUAUCAACGAUCGAGAAAGUACCGCAUCGGUGUUUAAAUCAUUGAUCUCCAGCGGGAGACCGAUCAAAGGUGUGAUACAGGCAGCGAUGGUUCUUGAGGACUCAAUCUUCGAGAACUUGACGUAUGAGCAGUGGACACGCGCAUACGGGCCGAAAGCAGUCGGAUCUCGCAACUUGCUUGACCAGCUAUCACUGAUUGACAAGCCUUUCUUCAUCCUCCUGUCUUCGAUCACGGGGAUCAUCGGUAAUGCGGGCCAAGCYAAUUAUGCUUCAGGAAACACAUGCGAAGACGCACUCGCAAGCUAUGCUCGGACACAUCUUGGUCUACCCGCCACUAGUAUUGAUGUUGGGCUUGUCUUGGACACUUCUCACUUCCUCGGGGGGCACUCUCACGGCUUCCAGGGUGUGCAGACUACCGUGGAGGAGCUACAGGCCGCAAUUCUGGCCAUCAUGGGCGGUGCUGGUCCUGUUGAUGAACCAAUCCCUGGCCAGGUUAUCGUAGGCCUUGACAAUCGCAUCGUCCGUCAGAGUGGAGCGACGAGGUUUCAACGAGAUCCCAAAUUCAACCUCAUGACUGUCGGCCAAUUGAUCAACAGUGAUGCUGAGACCGUCGGUAUCCAAGAGCAGCUUCGAACCGCUGGCUCUGCGGACGAAGCCGCUACAGUUGUGCAACUCAAGAUCAAGCAGUAUGUAGCUUCGGCUGUCGGCAUUGAUGUGGACGAGGUGGAUGUUGAAAAGCCGCUGUUCGAUUUUGGCGUGGAUUCUCUCCAGGCAGUGGAACUGAGAUCACAAAUCGCGGCGGAUCUUAGGAGCGAUGUGUCGGUGUUUGAGUUGCUCAGCCCUUCUCCCAUUGCAGAGCUUGCACGUACUAUCGCAAGUCGCAGCGAGCUCGUUGAGUAUGUCGAUGAGGACUUGAAUACCUAG